AUGACACAUAAACCAGCCAUGGUGUCUCUACUACCUAUGCAGCAGAUUGACGGAAAAUGCGUUGAUCAACGAAAACUUAUGUCCCUACUCAGAGCCGUCUAUGGCAUUUCCAACGAGGGCAGGAAUAAUUUCUACGUCGAGUUGCGACUGAAUAAAUAUAAAAUCUACCGAGCGACCGACAGCCCUGCUCUCACUGAGGCGGAAAUCCGAAAUUGUCGAACGUAUUGCCGGUUGCUAUAA